UCUUCAAGUUUCAGUUUCAGUAGAGAGAGGAGAGAGAAUAAUUAUGGGUAAUGGCCUUGAGCUACUCCGAUUUACCGUCCAUGUUAUCAAAGGCCAAUGGUUUUCACUUUUCGCAUCUUUUCUAAUCAUGGCCGGAGCAGGAGCCACUUAUCUUUUUGGAGUUUACUCCAAAGAAAUCAAAUCCUCUCUAGGUUACGAUCAAACCACCCUCAAUCUUCUCGGAUUCUUCAAAGAUCUAGGAGCAAACGUCGGAGUUUUGUCCGGUCUCAUCGCCGAAGUAACUCCGACAUGGUUUGUUCUCUUAGUCGGCGCCUCCUUAAACUUCGGUGGUUACUUCAUGAUAUGGUUAGCCGUCACCGGAAAAAUUGCCAAACCCAAAGUCUGGCAGAUGUGUAUGUAUAUAUGUAUCGGAGCUAAUUCUCAGAAUUUCGCUAAUACCGGCGCUCUCGUCACCGCCGUCAGAAACUUCCCGGAAAACAGAGGUGUUAUGUUAGGUCUUUUAAAGGGUCUUACUGGAUUGAGCGGCGCUAUUAUGACACAGAUCUAUUUAGCUAUUUAUGGUAACGAUUCGAAAUCGUUAAUCCUUCUUAUUGGUUGGCUUCCGGCGGCUAUUUCUGUCAUAUUUGUUUAUACUAUUCGUGAUAUGAAGACUGUUAGACGGCCGAAUGAACUUGGAAUCUUUUAUCAGUUUUUGUAUGUAACAAUUGUAUUAGCUUUGUUUAUCAUGAUCAUGACUGUUGCUGAGAAAUUGGUUUCUUUUCCUAAAGCUGCUUAUGCUGGAAGUGUAACUGUUGUAUGUGGGUUACUCUUUGUACCUCUGUUAAUCGCCAUUAGAGAAGAGAAAAUAACAUGGAAAGAAAAGAAGAUGAAGAAAAACUCCGGUGAACCCAAUUCAAUCGCCGUCGUGGAGUAUCAAACCCAGAAACCGAUUGCUUCGCCGGAGGAAAAACAGAGGUCUUGUUUUGCUAACAUAUUUGAUAAACCGCCUAGAGGAGAUGAUUACACUAUUCUUCAAGCUCUUAUUAGCACCGACAUGCUUAUCCUGUUUUUAGCCACUCUUGGUGGGUUGGGUUCGAGUCUAACCGCGGUUGAUAAUUUGGGUCAGAUUGGAGAAUCAUUAGGAUACCCACAAAAGACAAUCAAGACAUUUCUUUCACUAUUAAGUAUAUGGAACUACUUCGGUCGGAUUUUCUCAGGAUUCGUUUCUGAAACCCUUUUAACCAAAUACAAAUUUCCAAGACCUUUAAUGAUGACACUAGUCCUAAUCCUCUCCUCCGUUGGCCAUCUUCUAAUCGCGUUCCCAAUCCCUGGCUCAGUCUACAUGGCCUCAAUCAUAAUCGGGUUCUCAUUUGGGGCUCAAUUGCCUCUUUUAUUCGCCAUCAUAUCGGAAUUGUUCGGACUUAAAUACUAUUCAACUUUGUUUAACUGUGGGCAGUUGGCUAGCCCGCUUGGGUCUUAUCUGUUGAAUGUGAAAUUGACAGGGACGAUGUAUGAUAGGGAGGCUGUGGCGGAUCUUAGCCGGAAAGGGUUGAGUCGGUCGGCGGGAACGGAAUUGACUUGUAUUGGAACUCAUUGUUAUAGGUUGUCUUUUGUGAUAUUGGCGGCGGUGACGUUUUCAGGUGCUCUUGCUUCUUUGAUUUUGGUGGCAAGAACUAGGGAGUUUUAUAGAGGUGAUAUUUACAUGAAAUUUAGGGAUCGGGAAGUGGCGGCUAUGGCCGAUUCCGGCGCCGGUGAUGUAGAAAUUCCGCCGCCGCCGCCGACCAAGAAAUGAUAUUACCAUUUUUUUUUCUUUUUCUUUUUGAUUAAUUAUAUGCAUAAUUAUUAUUAUAAUAAUAAUUAUUAUUAUUAUUAUUAUUAUUAUUAUGUAAAACAUGUUUGUGGGUAAGUCGACACGCUUAGAAAAUAACACUAAUCAGUCAACAUUAUGGGCUCAUCAUCGCACAUGCU